GUGGAGAUGAGGUCUCACCAAGUUGCCCAGGCGGGUCUCAAACCCGUGGGCUCAGACAAGUUUACAUGCAUUGGAGACCAGACCAGAAGCACUGCUGAAUUAAGAUCUUGAGUUUCUUGAGGUGGCAUUGAAGAGCACUAAGAUCAGAAGAUGAGUGAACUUGACCAGUUACGGCAGGAGGCCGAACAACUUAAGAACCAAAUUAGAGAUGCUCGGAAAGCGUGUGCAGAUGCAACUCUCUCUCAGAUCACAAACAAUGUUGACCCAGUGGGAAGAAUCCAGAUGCGCACAAGGAGGACGCUGCGGGGGCACUUGGCCAAGAUCUACGCCAUGCACUGGGGCACAGACUCCAGGCUUCUCGUCAGUGCCUCGCAGGAUGGAAAACUGAUCAUCUGGGACAGCUAUACCACCAACAAGGUCCACGCCAUCCCUCUGCGCUCUUCCUGGGUCAUGACCUGUGCGUAUGCCCCUUCUGGGAACUAUGUGGCCUGCGGCGGCCUGGAUAACAUCUGCUCCAUUUACAAUCUGAAAACUCGCGAAGGGAACGUCCGUGUGAGUCGUGAGCUGGCGGGACAUACAGGUUACUUGUCCUGCUGCCGAUUCCUGGAUGACAAUCAGAUCGUCACCAGUUCUGGAGACACCACGUGUGCCCUGUGGGACAUCGAGACCGGCCAGCAGACAACCACGUUUACCGGACACACUGGCGACGUCAUGAGCCUUUCUCUUGCUCCUGACACCAGACUGUUUGUCUCUGGUGCUUGUGAUGCUUCGGCCAAACUCUGGGACGUGCGAGAAGGGAUGUGUCGGCAAACCUUCACCGGCCACGAGUCUGACAUCAAUGCUAUCUGCUUCUUUCCAAAUGGCAAUGCAUUUGCCACGGGCUCGGAUGACGCAACCUGCAGGCUGUUUGACCUUCGUGCAGACCAGGAACUCAUGACCUACUCCCAUGACAACAUCAUCUGCGGCAUCACCUCCGUCUCCUUCUCCAAGAGCGGGCGCCUCCUCCUCGCUGGGUACGACGACUUCAACUGCAACGUCUGGGAUGCACUCAAAGCCGACCGGGCAGGUGUCCUGGCUGGGCAUGACAACCGCGUCAGCUGCCUGGGAGUGACUGAUGAUGGCAUGGCUGUGGCGACAGGGUCCUGGGAUAGCUUCCUCAAGAUCUGGAACUAACGCCAGUAGCACGUGAACACCACGGAGACUGGAAGAGCAUUCCAACCUGGCGCGUUGCCGCGAGAGCAUAUCCUAUCAACCUACUAACGUGAACACCCCACACCUCCCCCCAGAAUUUCAAAGGGCAAGAUCUUUCCUUCACUUAUUGCUGAAACCAAGAGCACAAUUCCCAUUAAGAGAAGGAUCUCUGUGCUGUCAACUAAAACAAAUUGUGCAUUCCUUCCGGGGCCAUUGUCUUUGUUUUCUUUUUUGUCUUGAAUGAAUUUUAAAAGGAAAUACUAUAAUAAAAAUAUUAACCAGAAGGUAAACUGAGUGUAAUUGUGAGACAGACACACCUUUUCACUAGUUUAUUUGAAUUUUAGACCAGUGAUCCUGUUUUGUGGCAUUCAUGCAAAACAAGUUGAGGACUUUGUUCAUCUUGUAACCAUUUCUAAAUUUCAGUCAUGUUUGUAGCAAGAGUUGGAAGCAUUCAUAUUUCCUUUUAAAAAUAUAUUCCUUUAUGUUGAAUAGUUAACCAGAACCAGAGAGUCUAGGGCAGCCGCUCUGGCAUUGUCAACGAUGUAAAUUUAGUCCCUGUUUUUUCAUUGUUGCACACAAACGAGGUGUAGAAAGAACUUGUUCGGAUGUCAAGUCCCCAAGCACAUGCUGUUGAUGGUCUUGAGUGUGUGGUCAAAGAGUCCUUCACCUUUUCUAAGUAGUGAACUCAGACCCAGCACCACUUUCCUCCCGACCUACCCUACCUCCUCCAUUUAGUUCCAAUCUCUCCCUGGGUUUCCCAGUGAAGUUGGAGGGAAGUUUAUAAUAGCCUAACACUACCCCACCUUACCCCCAACUAUCAGGAGCCUCUGUUUUCAAGAGAGAUGCCUGUCCUGUGCUUGGAUAGUCAGUCAAUUAUUUGUGUAUGAAACAAUGUACAAAUCAAUGUUUUGAAAAUAAUGAUCUCAGACUUUCUAAGUUAAAUUUUAAAAAAUUUGAUUGUUUGCCAUAUUGGGUGGGUUUACUCUUAGAAUCGCAUGCUGUAGAAAUGCUCAAAAGUGCAUAUAGGACUCAGUCCUUAGAUGUCUUUUCUUUUAAGAAUAACUUCUCACAGUUGUUUCCACUACAGCUGUCACUCCCCAUCCUGCUCUGGGCAGAGCAUAUCUGAAGCAGUUCCACGCGCCGCUGUACACACCGGGGUAGCAGGACAAGCCACUGUUUUCUUUAUUUCUUUAAAACAAAACAGUCCUGUUGCAAACGGCUGCUGCUGGAUUCUGAGGGUGGGAGGGAGAAGGGGCUGUAGACCUGCCCUCCUCCCUGCAGUUCCUCAUGCCUGUCUCUCUGGACAGGCCUGUUGCCCCUGGUUUUCACUUCCAGCCCAGGGCUCAGCAGCAGCGUGUGGGCGGCAGCGUGCUGUGGAUCCCUCCCUGACUCCCACCUUCUAUAGCAGCGGUAGUGGCUUCUCCCUCCUGUUUCUGCAACAUCCUGUACAAAACUGUGCUGUGACUGUGCGGUAGGCCUGGAUCUGGCAAAGAGAAUCAAACGAAACCCUUCUUUCUCUUUCCAUCAGACAACUCUGUAGAGCUCCCUGCACCUCUCCCUUCACCUUUUGUAUUUAAUUUUAAAGUCAGUGUACUGCAAGGAAGCUGGAUGCAAGAUAGAUACUAUAUUAAACUGUACCGUUAUUUAAGAUGUAAUAAAGCAGUUUGACAUGAGGGA